CGAGCAAUUAGUUUCCUUGAAAAUCGGUGGUUCUCUUUGCUCAUUGUCAAGAAGCCACAUCUGCAGCAGAAUCUUACUUCGAGGAGCCUUCAAAUCAACCAGAUCUAACAGUUCCACAGCAUAUAGCAAGUCAUUGUAUUGAUCUGUUCGUUGUUCCAUCACAAACUGAUGUGAAUCAGGAUAUACAGGUAAGAUAUCUGAAAAAUAUAAAGUUAUUUAAAAAACGUAAACCUUUCCUAUUAUAAUUUUAACUCGUAAUAUUUAGUUAUAAUUUUAAUUUGUAAUAUUUGUUACGUUGUAUAACCAAUAAGAUCUUUUUAUCUGUGACAUUCACCCAAUAAAACUUUCCAGACGAGAUUUCUAUAUGCCGCAGGCACUGUGAAACGUAAACAGAAUUGUUUCAGCUUCAGUUUAUCCCAUGGUUUCUCUUUUAAAAGAAUUUCUAAGGACUUCUUUUCUUCCACACCCCGGCAUCCAACUUUUUCGUAGUAUGAAGACCGAAAAUUACGUUCGUCGGUCAUUUUGUGUGAGCUUCUUAAAGAAUGGACCUGAAAAUAGUAAAAAUGACAAUGAUUUUCAGUGGUAUAUAAACGUUGAGCUUGGAAAACCAAUAAAUUCAGUCCAUAAUUCAGGACUUCAGGUAGAUAGAAUUUGUAUUUGUGAAACUGAGAAACUGUCAUGUCACGUCGUAAGUUGACAGAAUGAUUCAUUUUGCCAUAUGGAAAGCAAAAUACACAAAACCAUAGAGCUUUAACUUCAGUAAUAAGAAAAGUGCUUCAGUUCAGUUCCGCCCAUGUUCAGAUUUUCCAAUAUGGUUCCAAUGAUGUUAUGCUAUUGUUAUUUUUAUGUAUUUUGUGAUAACCGAAAUGAAUUUAUGCUUCAGUGGGGUCGUAAUUUAAAUAUAAAAAAUAUCCAUGGUAAAAUUCUUAAUUUUAUUAGAGCGAUAUUGUAUAGUUGAUUUUACUGUCUACGAUCUACCUACGUGAAAAGAAAAAUUGUAGUCCUUGGAAAGCGCGCUGAUUUCGAAAUUUGAAUUCACACUUCGAUCUAACAAAAUGCCAAAUUGUAACCAUGGUGAUAGAUAAACUAGCGCACCUCACGUUUUACUACUGAAAAAGAAGUAAAUAUUAUUUUAUUGAGUUUUUACGUGAAUUAAUUGGAUAAUGGACAUACCUGACUCAUCUAUAUCUGCCGAGUCUGCUUACAUAGAUAAAAAACGCGAAGAACUUAAAAUAUUCUUCAAAGACGCCAAAUUCCCUCAAGAGGUGAUCGAUAAAGUGAUUGAAAACGAACUUAAACCCUUGAAAAGUCAGGAGAAUAGACCUUAUAUAGUUGCCUCAGCUUCGGGGGAAGUAAAGUCUGAAUAUGAAGUUAUGACGGGGCAGCCUUUCACUCAAAUUGAAGACACUAACAGACCAUUAACUGUCGAGGAAAUCAAAGAAAAACUCAAAGGAAAUCCCAUAAUAGCAGAAAAAGCCAGGCAAAUACAAAUAGUGACAGGCACGGAAGAGAGAAAACCGAUUUCAAUACCAUUGGACAAAAUCAAUAUAGCAGCCUUCAGUGAUAUGCGAUCAGAAAUAGAUUCAGCCGAUGGUGAUAUUGAAAAGGUAAAUAGACUUAAUUACAAACAUAUGCAAGCUCUGGUAAACUCCAUCAAUGAUUAUGAGGCCGAACCAGUAAAAAAUACCGAGGAAGAUAUCAAAUUAGAAAAUAAAAGCGAAGAUAAUGAUGAUGAAGAUUUUGAAGCUAUUGAAAAAGUUGUGAGUCAUUACACUGGAAAAUCUUACGAAACAAGAUUCCAAGAAACUAAAGAUAUGUUAUUAAAACUUGCAGAUGAAUAUGAGGACACGCAAUCAACAACAACAACAAAACCUUUUAUAAACAAAAGCCACAUAAAAUCUGAUCCAAUUUUGAAGGAGUCAUCGACCCAAUUAAUUAAAGGCCAAAUAAGGAAAUCUGUAUUUGAUGAAGUAAAGGAAACGUAUGCUAUAAAUGAAGUUAUGAAUAUGUCGUUGAAGGAUAAUCCUGUCACUCCUGACCUAAACAGGAAAGAAAUUAGUAAAAUAGAAAUUAAACAAAAGGAAAAUAAAGAAGAAAUUAUAGAUUCUGAAGUUUCUUAUUAUGAAGUUUUUCCAAAGUCAAUGGAAACAAAAUUGAAGGAAACCGAAGAAGCAUUGCUCGCUAUUAACUCUGUACUAAAUUCGACUGCUGAAUCCAACAACCAAACAAGUAAUUUAACAGAAAGAAUCCUGACAGUAAAUAAUGAUACAUUGCAGGUUGAUAAGAAUGACAUUACUGAAAAUAAUUUGGCAGCAGCCAAAAAGCAGAAGUUUGAUGAAAAAAUAGAACUAACAUUACAAACUGCAUUAGAAGAUAUAUUCGAAAUGAGUAAUAAUGAAAACAAAGACAAUAACGAAAUGGAAUUCAAGGAAAUGAAGAGUCUAGCUCGUAAUAUUGUAGAAGGAGCUGAUAAUUUGAGUACUUUGAUACGAGAAGAUAUCACUAACAAGCUAAACAGUAUGAAUGAACUGCUAAAUGAUGUUAACGAAGCAUUAGAAAAUUCACGGAAAUCAAAUAUUGCUUAUCAAAAACUUAAAGAAGAACGUGAAAAUUGGCAGAAAGAGACAUCUAUUAAAGUCGAUAGGGCAGAAACAGAAGAAAAUAGUAAUAAAACUGAUUUUGAGGAAGUCGUACCUAAAGGAACAGUUACAGAGAAUUCAAUUAACGAUAUUCAUGAUGCAAUUAAUAAACUGAAUGCAGAAAUAAAAUGUCACGAAGAGCGAAUCAAUAAAAGUAAAGAAAGUUAUGAACAACGAAAUGAAGAAUGUAAGGUGUUUAUUGAAGAAGUUGACGAGAUAUUAAAAAAAUCACAUGGAAUUUUACACCCAGCUAAACAGGCUACAGAUAAAUUAGAGAAUAUGGAUAUGGAGAACAUCACUAAGGUACAUAAGCAAAAAGACGAAACACAACAAAGUGAAAGAUUUAAAAGCGAGUCAUAUGAUGUUAAAUCUAAUUACGAUGACGAGACAAAUAAGAAUCUCUCUGAAUUUAAACAACGAGAAUUAGAUCGCAAUAAACGAAUCAAUGCACUUCUGUAUGAUAUUAAAGACAAGAUGAAAGAUAAUAAAGAAGUACUGAGACUGGCAAAUAGUAUGUUGCAUCGAGAAGAGAACAGAAAGAAAACACUUUUAGGUGCAGCAGGUUGUCGAAAAAUACAGGAACAAGAAAGCUCUGUAGUAGACAAACAGGCCCAAGGUGAUCACAUCCGCAAUAUUGGAAAUGAAGAAUUAACACCACAGGCAAUGCUAACAGAAGUGACGCAAGAAGAUGAGAUGAAGAAACAGCAAAAACAGAAGGAAAAAGAGGAAGCUAAAAAGAGAGAGCGUCUGAAGCUCGAAAAAGAGCUAGAGGAGAUGAAUAGAGGACCUCGCAUGACCAAGGAAUUUAUAAGAAAUCAUUGCAAGCAGCACAAGUUAUACUGUACACCACAAUUAAAUGAUAUUUUGUAUCUUCAUUUUAAGGGAUUUUCGACAAUUGAAAACUUAGAAGAGUACACGGGUCUUAAAUGCUUAUUUCUUGAGAAUAAUGGUAUACAGAGGAUUGAAGGUUUGGACACUCUGUCUCAGUUAAAAUGCCUCUACCUCCAUUACAACGUUGUCAGAAAGAUCGAGAACCUAGACGGAUGUCCCAAAUUAGACACACUAAACUUAGACCACAAUUUUGUCACUAAGAUUGAGAAUCUCGAUGUAGUUCCUGAUUUACACACUUUGAGUAUCGCUCACAAUAUGUUAACAUCUGUAGAGGAUCUAGCUCACCUGAAGAUGUGCAGGAAUCUUUCAGUUUUAGACCUUUCUUACAAUCGACUUGAAGAUCCUUUGAUUGUCGAUGUUCUGGCUGACAUGAUUUUAUUGAAAGUGCUAGUCUUAACCGGUAACCCGGUGGUGCGCAACAUCCCGGCGUACCGCAAGACGUUGACGCUGCGGCUGAAGGAGCUGCUGAAUCUCGACAACCGUCCCGUGUUCCCGCGGGACCGCGCCUGUGCCGAGGCCUGGCAGCGCGGCGGCGUGCAGGAAGAGAUCGCGGAGAGGAAACGCUGGAUAGCAAAGGAGCAAGAAAAGACAAUGCAAAGCGUGCGGUACCUGAUCAAAAUGAGAGAUGAAAAGAGAGCUCUAAGAGAGGCAAGAGAAAAAGAGGAAAGGGAGAAACUUGGUCUCCCUCCAAAGGACGAAGAUGAACUCGGUGAAGAUAUUAAAAAGGAUGCUUUAGAAAAUGUCUGUAGUAUCAAAGAGUUUGAGGGCCCGUCACCAAUGGAAGAAAAAUUUGGUCCAGCCGAAGUGAAGAUAAAAAACGGUGUAGCUGUGGAUAUGCUCACAGGAUCUGAAGCUGACGAUUCUUCAAGUGAAGACUCGACUAGUGAAGAAAGUAGUGAUGAGGGAAUAGAUGAUGCUAAACAAAAUAAAGUUACAGAACCUUCAACCAGCAAAAUAGAAUGGUCACAGCUUGAGGUUGGGAAGAGGCUAGUCCAAGAGAUAAACGAUAAGCCACAGGAGGUGACACAACCAGAUGAUUACUGGUAUGGGUACAGCGGUGACUUCAAACCGAAACAAGAAUCUUCGAAAUUUCUUUCAGAUAUCAAAUCCAUCAACAAUCUGUUAUUUAACCAACCCCCGCAUACGGAGAAAAAGAAAAUCACCGAGGUUUUAGAAGUAUCUAAGAAACAAGAGCACCAAAAUGAUAAAACUGAAAAAGAAGACACUGUUGGAGAAGAAGCUAAAAAGAAACCUCUGAUAGAAAUAGUUGAUGAAAAUAUUAUAAUAGAGGAAAACAAAUCCUACGCCGAAGAAAAUAGUGCCGUAAGUAGUGGAAUUACAGAAGAAGGUAAUAUGGUAAUAGAUCAUGAUAGAAAACUUAUCAUUGACAAAAAUAAAGAUAAAAAAACGAAGAAAAGGAGGCUGCACGUGUCUGAAAGUGACAAAACUCAAACCUCUAAGAAUCAUUUGAAGAAAAUUGAAAUAAAGGAAAUAAGAUCUCCAGAAUCUCUAACAAGAACAGUUGUUACAAUAACGCCCAGUGAUAGUGAUAAUCAACCUAAAAAAGAAACUGAGGAGAACAAACCACAGAAAGAAGAAUCCGCUAAUAAUGAAGGUAGUUCUGAAAGUAAAAUAGACACAAAUUCCGAGGCAAAAAAGCUUAGUGUUAAACAAGGUACUGGUGAUGGUGUAGCCCUAAUCAACUAUAUGCACAGAAUAAACUCUGGAGAAGAUGGUGACGAUGAAGAUUUGGAGCCUAGCGCUGAGGACUUGGAAAUAUUUGCUGAACUGGAGAGGGAACAAGAGGAGAGGCAAGCUAGAAUAGAUCGAGGAGAGCCGCCCGUAGAUCCAAUGAAACUGUAUCAUAAGAGUACUAUGGAGGAAUUCUACAAGGCAGAGGAAAGGCUGGCGGCACAUGAAGUGAAAGACCGCAGCCGGUACACUACGUACCGACACGACAACGCCUUUGACAGGGUCGCGUUCAGUCAGCUCACCGCCGGUGACAAACCUGAUGAGGACAAAGUGAAACUUACGUACGUACCCGGAGCAGUGCUGUUCGAAUAUGUCGAAAACCAGAAGCCCACUGCUGAUGUGGAGUACCAGAUAGGAGAAGAGGUCAUCGAUUCUGGGCCUUCUUCGGCUGAUACGGAAUCUAUCAACAUAUCUUCUGAUGCUACAUCUUCUUCGGAAGAUGAUACAGACAUUAACUCGAAACGUGUCAAGAAGACUAAUAGACCCACGUCAGCUGUUCCUAAAAACACAAACAAUAAGCAAGACACUGCAAAUAAAUCAACAAUUGCAAACAAACACCGAGAUUCUUCAGGCCGAGAUUCUGGCAACAACCGACUCAAGGAUGAGGAUAAAAAAGGCAAUGGUUCAAAAAGAUCUCAGAAACCAGUUAAAACAACGGGCAAAAAAAAUGUAAACAAUUCUUCAAGUAAUAUUGGAAAAGGCAACGAAGCUUGCAAAAACAGCAACGAAACUGACAUCACAAAUAGAAAGGACAGUAAUACUUCAACAAAAUCUGAAGACUCAUCAAAGAAGAUACAAAAAAGAUAUGAGGUGAAAUCUAAGAAAAGAAAUUAUGAACUUAUGAAACUCGAAGAAGACGGAGAAAUUCCCCAGUGGCCAAAGUGUUCAAUCACCUCAUCUGACAAUCCACUUCCAAGUACUAGUUAUCCAAUAGAAAUGCCAUCAUACGAGAAUAUGCUGAACCUAGACCGAGAGGAAGCCAAGCGUUCCAUUAUCGACACCAUCAAUUCUUAUGAAGACGAGAGGUUCCCUUCGCAAGGCGUAGACUACUCGGAUAUAAGGUCUAACGCUCGAAUCGAGCAGUCUGUAGCGUCAGAGAUUCUGGAUAGAACACUGGAGUAUGAGGAACGCGAGUACUACCGGCAGCGCGACGCCAUCACCAGCCAGGCGGGCAACAUUGAUAACAAGACCAAUGCCAUCAUCGAGCAACUGUCUGACUCGCUGCACAACGAGUAUUCGCUGCCCGAAGUAUCCCGCAUCUUGGAGGCUCACAUGCAAACAGCGGAGCAAUUGUGGCGAGCGGGCGAUUUGACGCGAUACAGGUCUGUUAGUCCUACAGAAUCUGUCGACGAGCGAGACGACGCCGACACACUCGUGCCAAGUAGAGACAUUUCCUUCGAAGACACUUUGACCGAGGAAACAGCUGUGAACUCUGCAACAGCCACUGCAAUCGACGAUUCGGGCAUUGGUGUAUCUGUUAACGGUGAUGAAAAUGAUAGAAACACUAGUAGUAAUGACAUUAAUGCAACUAAUGAAAUUGGCGGGAAUUUAUUUGAUGAUAAUCGUGAUAAAUACAAUAAUAGUAACAAGGAAACAGAAAAUAAUUCUACGGAAGACUCUAACAAAACAAGUGAAAAUGACUUUAAAGAGAUAAAUGAAGAAAAUGUUUCUAUUAACAAGGAAAUUGAAUAUCAUUCUUUUGAUGACAAUAAUGAUUCCAAAUUAGAUGAUUUUGAAUCUGUGCUUGACGAUUGCGAGUUGGCUAACGAAGUUUUUGAAGAUUGUGAAGAUCUGUCAGAGAAAGCGAAUGAUGUUAGUGGAGUGAAUGAAUCUAAUGUAUCCAACGCUGACAUUGGUUUCGGUCGUUUGAACGAAAAUUUAUCGUUGGAAAUGAAGUUGGCUUUGGAGAGUGACAGGAAUAUUUAGCUUAUGAAGAAAUACAUUAGAAAAUAGCAUACCUUUUUAAAUACUAUACAGUUGUUUUUCCAAUGCAAUUGGAAAAGCGUAGCUUUCUUAAUGAUUUGAGAAGUGAUUAUAUUUCGCUGUUCACUUAGCUAAAAUUAGCGUUUACCUACAUACUCGCAAAUCGCACGCUUAAAGGAAUACUGAAAUUAUUACUUAGUUCAACGUUGAUUAACGUACAAUAUUGAGGUGUUUGCACAUUUUUUUGUUUAUUAGGUAUGUGUCUAAUUUUAAAGUAAGGUGUUAAUGACAGCGAUAUUUAUGAAGCUAUGUGAAUAGAGUAAUAUGCUAGGCUUUAACGUUUUUUUUUUACUUUUUGUCUGUAUGUCUUAAGUACUAAUAGGUCAGUAUUCCUUUAAGCGUGCGAAAUAUUUAGAUCUUCAAUCAUACAUUUUGUCCUUCCUUAUAAUUCGAUAAAAUAAAUAUAGAGAACUGAUGACUGCAAUGGGGGAGAGAACAGUCUAUGUAUAUGUUUGGGCUUUGCGGACUAGUUGUGAUUUGUCUAUUUUUUAACCACAUUUGUUAUUUUUCUGCUGAAACAAAGCAUUUUUUUGUUUUUAACGUUGCUAGUAGAAAGAAAAAUCUUAAUUUUAACAAACUAUAAUUUAUUUUUAUAACAAUACAACUACAUAGAGUACAUUAAUUUAUUGCACCUAUUUAAUUAACUGUACUAAAAUAUAAUAAUAAUUAAAUAUUAUAUAAAAAUAUGCUUCUUUUGUUCUUAACUCUAUUUCUAUGGGACGAAAAUACAUGCAUAUUUACAUCUUAUUAUAAAAAAGAUGAACAUGAUAUUACGAGACAUUUAAAUCAACGUUUUUUUUUAAAUAAGGUAUAUUAAAAUCUCUACUCAUAUGUACCGAAAUAUAAAGCAUUCUUAUAUUGUCUUAAAAACAUCAUGACAAAAUCCGAAAAUAGUUUAAAAGAUUUUAAAAUAAUUUAGUAACAUAAUUUUGGUUAUCAUCUUAGUCGUAAAAAGUGAAGAGAAAUUUUAACAAUAAAAGCAAAAUUAUAACAAGUUAUAGUAGUACAAAUAUAAUCUCAAUGACAUAUCGACACAUAUCCACAGGAAAACGUGGCAGGCGACCGCUUGAGAGGUUUCUGAAAAUUGACGAUUUAUAUGUAAUAUAUAAAAUUCUCGUGUCACGGUGUGCGUAAUUGAACUACUCCGAAACGGCUCGACCGAUUUUCGUGAAAUUUUAUAUGCAUAUUCAGUAGGUCUGAGAAUCGGACAACAUCUAUUUUUCAUCCCUCUAAAUGUAAAGGAUUUACCCUUGAUUUUUUUACAAAAUUUUUUGUUUUUAUUUUUUUACGAUACAUCAUACAAAAAAAAAAAUACAUAUAACCCUAAAUUUUCACCCUUCUACCACCAACCCCUAUUUUUUUAUGGCGGUACUAAGUUCGCUGGGACGACUAGAAUAAUUAUAAAACUGUACCAAAAUACUAGGUACCCAAAAAAACAUCUUUAGAAGAAAGAAAAUCAAACGGGAUUAUUUCAAAUCUGAAAAACAAAAUGUUUUACAAAACUAUGUUCAUUUCAUAUCUAGAUAAGUAAUCUAAUAGACUGAUAAGAUUCCACAACUGAGUAUAGCCCUUCUCUUCGUCUAGUAUUGUUAAGGUAGUUUAGACACUGAUUCAUCACGCUGGUUCAGUAUGUGUUGGCGACUAUUAAGUUUUGCCACUCUAAUAUUUUUAAUUGACUCUUUAAGAUUUGCCUCACUAAGGUCUAAGAUACAUGAUUGUAAAAUACAACAUAUGAUACAGAAAAAAAUGUACACCUAUAUUUAGGGACUAGGGACAACCUGUUAUCACUCAUCUUAUUAUCCAUUAUGAUAGCUACAUGCGUUCUUAGAUCAGUUGCACGCAGUUGUCUUUCAUUCUAUCAAUUGACUAAAAUAGUGAGUACGCCAAAUUUUUUAUUUAUUAUUUCUUUUUCUUCUAAAAAAUGUUUUUAGGGUACUUUUUACAUCCAGUUUACUGAUACAGUUUUGCCAGUUGUGGUUAUACACAAGACAUUAUUACUUUUUAUCUGUUCAUAGGUACUGUUAGGUAGUUUUAUUAUGUACAUCUGGUCUAUUUUCAGGAACCUCACAAGCAGUCCUGAUACAUAGAAAAACCUAUAUAAAUCAAUAUUUAAUAUUUCACUAGCACUAAACGCACUUAAUAAAAACGAUACCUACCAUAAACUAUUCAAUUCCUGACUACCCUUGAUAUUUUACUUACGACGCCCCGUUUUGUUUUUUUAAUGUUAAUUGGGUGGCAAACAAGCGUAUGCCCAGCUCGAUGGUAAGCGGCCACAAUAGUCUAUAGACGCUAGUGAUACCAAAAAUAUAACUCGCACCGUUGCCUACGCUCUGUUCCAGGUAGUAGGGUAUUGGUAUACCCGUGGAGUUCAGGAACCUUAAACACAACACUACCAAAGGGUAGUGUUAAUUUGCUAUAAUCUUCUGUAAGGUUAAGUUUACUUCCCCAGGCGGGCGCUCCAUUCGAGAGGUAAGUCCGCUAUACCUCUUAAUUAACAUACUUCGUAAUGCAAGCCUUCGUGAUUAUUCGGUUACUGGACCAUGGUAUUUUUUUUUAACAGUAGUACAUUUAACCAAACUUUGGUAAAAUACAUACCUUCCUGGUACAGUUAACUGUACCAUGGAAUAAAUACAUUUUCGUAUGUCCUGGUAUCUAAACCACUGAAUAAAUGUUUUGUUCUGUUGGAAAAAAAAUAACCAUAUUUAUUACAAUUUGAAUCAAGAUUUUAAAUAUCAGACUUAAUAUAAGAAAACAAUAAAAUCGACUUAAUUAAAUUUAAUAAAUUUAUGUAUCUUAUAACCAGUCUGACGCUUCUUUGUUCAUGAACAAUUGCGAUCCAAUCUUGUAGCCUGACUUGAUUACACGGAAACGUAAUAAGGAAUAAUAAAAGAAAAUUCGAAAUAAAAAAACAUUAAUAGUUAUUCCCUUAUAUCUGCCAUUUGUUAUCCAGAAAAGGACAACAAUACAACUGUAGAUAGAGAAAGAGCGACGCGGACUCACCGACUCUAAAUAAUGAAAUUGCCGAACCCAAACAAGCUGUUAAGCCCCGGGAUAUACGAUAGACAUAUUAGAAAUCACGGCUAUAUCAUGUUUUUAGGAGCUAAAGAUUCGAAAAACAAAGAAACAGAUACAUUACCUAAGGCCUGCUUGCACCAAAUUUGCCAAAUCGCGAUUAACUAAAACUAGAUUUAAUCCAUAUAAAAAAGUCUAAACGCCAAUAUUUAUUUGACAUUCUUGUAUGGGUUAAAUCAAGUGUAAGUUACAUGAUGAUAUAGCAAAUCGGGUGCCAAGUGGGCCUUACCUUAGUCCGAUUAACUGCAAUAUCCGAAAAAUUUAAUUAACAGUGAUACGGUUGUCCUCUUGACUGUACUAUGGAUUAUAAAAAUGUUCGCCUGUACGGUCAACUGUAUAAUUGUUAAGACACAUUAUGAGUCCGGUUAACUGUUCUACUGUAAAAAAAAAUAACCAUGUCCCUGUCAACCGGACUAUCCCAACUGUACCACGGGCAAUAGCCGGCACGCAUUGACUUAAGCCGUCUAUAAAUUUGCUAAAGUCCCGUUGGUCGCGAAACGAAUUUCCUUGUUUAUUAUGUUUUCGAAAAAAUCAACUUUUUAUAAGACAUAAUAAAAGAACAUGCAAGAAUUCAACCUUGUGCCCAUUUCUGUUAAAUAAACAAAAUCUAAAAUAAAAUUUAAAAUCCCGUUAUUACCUGGUAUUAUUGUUUUGUCACACUUAUUUAAUACGAACAAAACAGAGACUGAGUUAGAUGGAAACCAUAGACAUAGAGAAUGGACCGAGUGGCACACUCACGAAAUUGUCAACACUAGAAAGAGAGAAAGCUAUGGUGCAGCCAAUAUUUAGAUGAACUACUAGCCGCGCGAUCGCAUGGCCUCUCCCAUCUUCCAAGUUUUCUUUAUAGUUGGACAGGGAACUCUCGUCCAUUUAUUGCAAUGAAGUGGUUGGGGGCCGCCGUCAUAAGACGAAUAUAGAAAUACAAAUAUACUAAGUUUGAAAAUAAAAUAAAAAUAAUUAAAAUUAAUAACGAGUAAAAGCUUUGGUUUGUAAGGGUGCCCGCCCACGUCUGAUAGUCGGUGAUCGAUUUUUUGUAGGAGAAAAAUAGAACGAUCUAUGUACAGUAUUGCAAUAGUGUAACGCAUACGUCCUACAAAAAGUAGGUCAGAAACAAAAUACAAAAUCAAAUCCGCCCGAUUAUCGGUCCUACAAAAAGUCUGAUGUUGGCGGGCACCCCAAAAGAAAUUAUUUCUAUGAUAAAUUGUGAUUGAUACUACAUGAUCCUCUUUAAACUAUGGUUGAGAAUAUAAAAAUAGGCCGUGCGUGGUCAAAUGUAGUACAUUAAAUUUUCGAUCUCACGGUUAGAUGCAUCAGUCAUAAAACAUAGUAUUUUUAUUAAAUUGGAUGGAAGUUUAGAACAAUUCUCUUUUUCCUACCACCAGUCAGGGCAAUGAUAACGCCAUAUCUAUACGUGGGAAAUAGAAUUAUAAUUAAACAGUGAUGUUAAGAAUAACUUGAACAUCAAAUUGUAUUUUAUUUAUUAAAAACACACUUAUGAAAAUUGCAAACAAAUAACAUGAUUACAUUUUCUGUCACACAUCGUUCCUUUUAUCUAAUCUAUUUCCUUUUUCACCCGGUAAAAAUAUUUUAUGUGCUAUAACUUCAACCAACCUGUCUAAUUAAAAAAUAAUAAACAUAAUUCAUAUGCAGCUUUAAAAUGAUGUGAUUUCGAAAUUUCAACUAAUAACUUAACAAAUAACACAUUUCGGAAUUACACUUAUCCUUUAUUUAUAUUUGAGAUAUGUUGAAUUUUUUUAAACAUCAGAAUCAUGAAAAUUAACAUACAACUACCACUUUUAAUUAUAACGAAAUAAUUUUCUUUUUUGUAAAAAAAUAAUAAUUCAUAUUAUACACAUUUACAGUUUGUUUUAAACUUUCAUGGUCACUAACAUUAUAGUAAUAUGUUAUUAACGGGAUUGUUACGGCAUGUAGACCAGGGUUGAUAAUUUUAAAAAUGGUGAAAAGUGAAAAAAAAUUAUAGUAGGAUGAAACCCAUUAGAAAAGGUAGAGAAUAUAACAAAAAUGAAAGGAAAAAUAAAUUACGGACGAUCUGAGGUCGGGAAGGGGGAGGGGGUGAGUUUUUAAGGGUAAAAAAUGGUUAAUCUCGAUUUCCGGUAAAACUGCAAGUUCUAUGAAAAAAAGUUAAAUGGCAAAGUUGUAGGUAAUAAAAAGAUCUACAACUUUUGUAUCGACACUUUUUUCACAUAACCUCAAAAUUUAUGUGAAAAAUGCGAAUAACCGAGUUUUAGGUUUAUGAUUUUUAUUUUUUGCAAAAAAAUUUAGUUUUGUCACGAAAUUUGGUGUAAACUUACCUUUGUAUGUCCCAAACAUACAGUAAUUUUUUUGAUUUAAAAUAUUCAUUUUUUCACCUUAUUUUGACUUAAUAUCCGAAAAGCACCCUAAUUUUCAAUCGAAAAUUCUCACGUCAAAAAUCUGCUUUUUUAAAAAAGUUGGGGUGUUUUUUGUUUGUUGAAAUCUCUACUUUCUGAUGGUAUAAAAAAAAAUAUACACUACUAUGAUAAAUGUUCUCAGAAAAUGCAAAUUAAUAAUGAAAAAAACUCGAAUCCGAAAAUCCUAUUUUUAAUACCUACUUACAACAACUAUUUUUGCAUGUUUUAUGGAUUUGUAUUUUUUCUGUUUAUCAAUAUAACAUGAAAUCUUACGUUUUUCGAGUAAUUAAAGUGUAAAUUUUAAUAAAUAGUUCAAAAUUAUACAUAAUGAUUCAAAUCAAUUUUUCGGAUUGGAGUUUUUUUCAUUAUUAAUUUGCAGUUUCUGAGAACAUUUACCAUAGUAGUGUAUAUUUUUUUUAUACCAUCAGAAAGUAGAGAUUUCAACAAACAAAAAACACCCCAACUUUUUUAAAAAAGCAGAUAUUUUGACGUGAGAAUUUUCGAUUGAAAAUAAGGGUGCUUUUACGAUAUUAAGUCAAAAUAAGGUGAAAAAAUGAAUAUUUUAAAUCAAAAAAAUUACUGUAUGUUUGGGACAUACAAAGGUAAGUUUUCACCAAAUUUCGUGAAAAAUUUUUUUUUGUAAAAAAUAAAAAUCAUAAACCAAAAACUCGGUUAUUCGCCUUUUUCACAUAA